GAGGGCGGCAGGAAGAUGGCGGCGGCCGGCGGCGGCUGCGGGCUGUGGCGGCGGCUCGGGGCCGGCGGGGGCUGGGCUGUGCGGGCAGCCAGCAGCGGCCGGCGGGCGGCGGCGGAGGCCCCCCGGGCCGAGGAGCUGGCGGAGCGGCUGCGGGCGCGAAAAAGGGAGGAGGAGAAGCGAGAGGCGCCCCAGGACGCGGCGCAGAGGCGGGUGCGGCAGCUGGCCACGCUGGGCAGGCGGCUGCAGCAGCUGCACCCCAACGUGCUGGCCAAGAUCCUCAAGGAGGGGACCUUGUUCCAGAACGAGGAGAUUGUGGUGAUCAACAAACCCUACGGCCUGCCCGUGCACGGAGGCCCUGGGGUCAAGAACUGCAUCACUGAUGUGCUGCCAAUUUUGGCCAAGAUGUUGGAGAACAUGAAAGCUGAGCCACUCCACCUCUGCCACCGGCUGGACAAAGAGACCACCGGCGUGAUGGUGCUGGCACGGAGCAAGGAGGUGGCAGACAGGAUCCGGCUCCUCUUCAAGACCCGGCAGGUGGAGAAGAUCUACUGGGCAAUUAGCCUGGGGGAGCCUGACCCUGCCGAGGGUGUGGUGGAGAUCCCCAUGGUGGAGAAGGAGGUGCAGAGCCACCAGUCACACUACAAGAUGACGCUGGCCCCCAGCUACCGCCUGCGGCCGGAGGACGGGAGGGAGGUGAGGACGCGCAGGGAGCGCGGCGCCGAGAGCGCUGUGACUCGCUACCGCUGCCUGGCCACUGCCGCCGCCUGCUCCCUGCUGGAGCUGCAGCCCAUCACGGGGGUGAAGCACCAGAUCCGGGUCCACCUGGCCUAUGGCUUGGGCUGCCCCAUCCUGGGGGAUCACAAAUAUUCCCACUGGAGCAAGCUGGCACCACAGAAGCUCCCCGAGGUCACCUUGAGGAGGCUGAGGCUGCAGCAGAGCAAGGCUCGGCACCUGCCCCUGCACCUCCACGCCCGCCGGCUCUGUCUGCCGCUGGGCCAGCAGCUCGACCUCGUCUGCAAGCCUCCCCCCUUCUUCCAGAAGACGCUGGAGAAGCUGGAGCUGGACAUCAGCAGAGACUGAGGAGGCAGGGCCUGGAGUGCUGCUGCCAUCCCUCUCCCCUCCAGCACGUGGGCCACUCGGGCUCCACCUUGCAGCCAGCAGUGGCAUGAAGUCCACCAGAGGCCUCCUGUUUCGGUACUCAUGUUGGUGGCUUCGGAGCAGGUACCUGCCUGUGCUGGCCUUGAUGUGGGGCAGGAGGGUGGCUGCAGAGCCUCUUGUCUGGACAAAUGAGGUUGGGCAGAAGCUGGCUUUGGUCCAGUCCCUGCUUUGAACUUGGUGAGCAAUAAACGGUCGCAGUGUC